CAGACUGUCAUAUUUUACAGAAAUUGGGGAAACCAAAGAGAUUCAGAGAAGAGGGCCAAACACUUGCAGACUUCCACAGCUCCUGGGACAUGCAAACUUGCUUAAUGUUCUGGAGUUUUUUACAAAGAAGAUAGUAAAUAGAGUAGAUAUUGUUCUGGUCUUUUUUGUCCCAUGACCUGCCUGAGAACAAAGGGGUGGACCAAAGUUUUGCUGUUCUUGCUUUGUGAUUCUGUCUUUUGAUUAUCUUUGAUUUUUAGUCCACUUUUACAUUCUUUGAACAUACAGUUUAUUUUUCCUUCCCACAGACAUAAAAGAAAUUUGCAUAAGCAGAUUUUUAAAGCUGUACAACCAGUCUAAUUACUUACUUAAUUAAUUCAAAUGACCUUAGAGAAAUUCAGCAAGUACUUCUCAGUGAUCCAUAUCAGGGUUUAGCCACCUCUGGGGCAAAGACGACAGGCCCAGGCUAAGUUGCACUCAUUUUUCUUCCCACUUCCCUCUUCAGCAGAUGCAGUUGUGAAUCAGCUUCUCCCUUUUGGUCAGUCUGCCUCCUCGUUGGUCUGGCUUCUGGGCUGCAGGAAAUUCAGGUUUUAAAGAAGCUAGAGUGCCAGAGAAGACCUUUGAAGUGUGAAAAGAUUUCCUGUAAUUGAAACCAAAAUGUCAUUUAUAGAUCCUUAUCAGCACAUUAUAGUGGAGCACCAGUAUUCCCACAAGUUCACAGUAGUGGUGUUAUGUGCCACCAAAGUGACAAAGGGGGCCUUUGGUGACAUGCUUGACACUCCAGACCCCUAUGUGGAACUUUUCAUCUCUACAACCCCUGACAGCAGAAAGAGAACAAGACACUUCAAUAAUGACAUAAACCCCAUAUGGAAUGAAACUUUUGAAUUUAUUUUGGAUCCUAAUCAGGAAAAUAUUUUGGAGAUCACGUUAAUGGAUGCCAAUUAUGUCAUGGAUGAAACUCUAGGAACAGCAACGUUUCCUAUAUCUUCUAUGAAAGUGGGAGAGAAGAAAGAGUUUCCUUUUAUUUUCAACCAAGUCACAGAAAUGAUUCUGGAAAUGUCUCUUGAAGUCUGCUCGUCCCCAGAUCUCCGGUUUAGCAUGGCUCUGUGUGAUCAAGAGAAGAAUUUCAGGCAACAGAGAAAAGAAGUCAUAAAGGAGAACAUGAAGAAACUCUUGGGUCCAAAGAAUAGUGAAGGCUUGUAUUCUACACGUGAUGUGCCUGUGGUGGCCAUAUUGGGUUCAGGUGGGGGUUUUCGAGCCAUGGUCGGAUUUUCUGGUGUGAUGAAGGCUCUGUAUGAAUCAGGAAUUUUGGAUUGCGCUACCUACAUUGCAGGUCUUUCUGGCUCCACAUGGUACAUGUCUACCUUAUAUUCUCACCCUGAUUUUCCAGAGAAAGGACCGAAGGAGAUUAAUGAAGAGCUAAUGAAAAAUGUUAGCCACAACCCUCUUUUACUUCUUACACCACAGAGGGUUAAAAGAUAUGUUGAGUCUUUAUGGAAGAAGAAAAGUUCUGGGCAACCAGUCACCUUUACUGAUAUCUUUGGAAUGUUAAUAGGAGAAACACUAAUUCAUAAUAGAAUGAACACUACCUUGAGUAGUUUGAAGGAAAAAGUAAAUACUGCACAGUGCCCUUUACCUCUUUUCACUUGUCUCCAUGUCAAACCUGAUGUUUCAGAGCUAAUGUUUGCAGAUUGGGUUGAAUUUAGUCCAUAUGAGAUUGGCAUGGCUAAAUAUGGUACUUUCAUGUCUCCUGACUUAUUUGGAAGCAAAUUUUUUAUGGGAACAGUUGUGAAGAAAUAUGAAGAAAACCCCUUGCAUUUCUUAAUGGGUGUCUGGGGCAGUGCCUUUUCUAUAUUGUUCAACAGAGUCUUGGGAGUUUCUGGUUCACAAAAUAAAGGUUCCACAAUGGAGGAAGAAUUAGAAAAUAUUACAGCAAAACAUAUCGUGAGUAAUGAUAGCUCAGAUAGUGAUGAUGAAGCACAAGAGCCCAAAGGCACUGAAAAUGAAGAUGCUGAAGAGGAAUAUCAAAAUGAUAGUCAAGCAAGUUGGAUUCAUCGUAUGAUAAUGGCCUUGGUGAGUGAUUCAGCUUUAUUCAAUACCCGAGAAGGACGUGCUGGGAAGGUUCACAACUUCAUGUUGGGCUUGAAUCUCAAUACAUCCUAUGCGCUGUCUCCUUUGAGAGACUUUACUACACAAGAAUACUUGGAUGAAGAUGAAUUAGAUGCAGCUGUAGCAGAUCCUGAUGAAUUUGAGCAAAUAUAUGAGCCUUUGGAUGUCAAAAGUAAAAAGAUUCAUGUAGUGGACAGUGGGCUCACAUUUAACCUGCCCUAUCCCUUGAUCCUGAGACCACAGAGAGGGGUGGAUCUUAUCAUCUCCUUUGAUUUUUCUGCAAGGCCAAGUGACUCUAGUCCUCCAUUCAAGGAACUUCUACUUGCAGAAAAGUGGGCUAAAAUGAACAAGCUCCCCUUUCCAAAGAUUGAUCCGUAUGUGUUUGAUCGGGAAGGACUGAAGGAGUGCUAUGUCUUUAAACCCAAGAAUCCUGAUGUGGAGAAAGAUUGCCCAACUAUCAUCCACUUUGUUCUGGCCAACAUCAAUUUUAGAAAGUACAAGGCUCCAGGUGUUCUAAGAGAAACUAAAGAAGAGAAAGAAAUGGCUGACUUUGAUAUUUUCGAUGAUCCUGAAUCACCAUUUUCAACCUUCAACUUUCAAUAUCCAAAUCAAGCAUUCAAAAGGCUGCAUGACCUGAUGUACUUCAAUACCCUGAACAACAUUGAUGUGAUAAAGAAUGCCAUCACGGAAAGCAUCGAAUAUAGAAGACAGAAUCCAUCUCGUUGCUCUGUUUCUCUCAGUGAUGUUGAAGCAAGAAGAUUCUUCAACAAGGAGUUUCUAAGCAAACCCACUGCAUAGUUUAUGUGCUGGAAAGGGUGUAAUUUCUGAUACUUAGGCAGUUUGAAAUGCCAUCACAACUGGACUGAAAAGCACAGUACAGAUAAAAGUGCUGAUCAAGAGAGACUGGCUGAUACUCAAAGUUGCAGUUAUUUAGCUGCAUAAGAAUAAUUUUAUUAUGAGUUAGAUUGAUAGAGAUGUUGACUAUGUAAAAAUAUUCUUAGCAAUACUUCCCAUGAGUAUAAAUUUCUUGAUGCAACUUUAGGGUCAUAUACUGUAUUUUUAUACAUUCCUUACCAAUUAUCUAUGUGUGUUGUUUUUAAAAAUGAGGUUUCCCUUUAAAAUAUUUAACAGUUCAAUCUCAAUAAGUAAAACUACAUUUUAUGUGAAUCUUAUUCGUUGACUAGAUUUAUUCGUGCCAUGAGACAACACUAUUACUUGUUUUUAUAUAUAUACAUAUAUACAUACAU